AUGCAUGAUAUCCAAAUUAAUCCCUAUCUGGCGCUUGGCCGGAUUUCGCGGGUUUCAGCCGGCAAACCGGCCAAUUACCCAUCCAUCACCGCAACAAUCCAAAGGGCCAGCCGCACAGCAGGCCAAGAAUUCUACACGCACCAGUUAGAUACGACCAAGGUCACGGCCAAGUGGAAGGCGGCAGAGUGGAGUUGGCAAAACCAGACGAGACUGAAGAGAUGGCAUGGCAAUAGAAGGCGCUGGACCCAGGCAAUCAUGCGAUAA